CUGCAAUACCACUUAGACAUUUAUUUUCAAAAAUACCUUUUAUUUCGUUUGAAACAUUUGCAAACUAUUAGAAAAAUAGACGGUGAGAGAAUAUUUAAAUCGAUAUUCGUGAUCUAAACUACCGGACAUCCGGUGACUCCAUACACGUUGUCUCUAGUUCUCGAGGGAAUAGAGAUCGUUGCAGCGUUUCUUUCUUUUCUGAACAGGCGCAGUCCGAGAGAACUCGCAAAAGGAGUAAAAGGCUCCUACGUAACCUGUCACUACCAAUAUAUUGUAUGAGUCAGAAGGUAGAAAAACCAGUAUUAUCGGGUCAACGGAUCAAGACCAGAAAAAGAGAUGAGAAAGAGAAAUACGACCCUAACGGGUUCCGCGACGCGCUGGUGCAAGGGUUGGAGCGCGCCGGCGGUGAUCUGGAGGCGGCGUACAAGUUCCUAGACGCCGCCGGCUCCAAACUCGACUACCGCCGCUAUGGGGAGGUCAUCUUUGACGUGCUCAUCGCCGGCGGCCUGCUGCUCCCCGGCGGGUCGGUGUCGAUGGACGGCGAGACUCCGAAGACCAACACGUGCAUCUUCUCCGCCAGCGAGGAUAUGGAUACCAUGCGCAACUUCGAACAGGUCUUUGUCAAGCUCAUGCGUCGGUACAAGUAUUUGGAAAAAAUGUUUGAAGAAGAAAUGAAAAAGGUCCUAGUUUAUUUGAAAGGAUUUGAACCUCAACAGCGCAUCAAACUGGCUCGUAUGACUGCACUAUGGAUUGGUAACGGGUGCGUACCGCCGUCGGUGCUGCUGGUGCUGGUGAACGAGCACCUGCUGAAGGACAACCUGGCGCUGGAGUUCGUGCUGGAGGUGUUCGCCACCGUGAAGCAGGAGCGCGGCGUCACCUCACUCGUCACCGCACUCAAGAAGGGACAGCUCGAGGGCAGGCUGCUGGAGUUCCUGCCGCUGAACCGUCGCAGCGAGGAGGUGCUGGCGGCGUCGUUUGCGUCUCGUGGCCUCGCUGAGCUGCUGCGGCUGCACCGCGCGCAGGCCUCGCAGGAGGCUCGCCGCGAGCUGACAGCGGCGCUGCUGGACGAGCUGGCGGAGGACAAGCCGGUGCGCGACCUCAUACAGGAGCUGCGCGACAUGGCGCACAAGCACGCCAUACCGGACCACGAGAUCGUCGCCAUCAUAUGGCAAUGCGUGAUGUCCCGCGGCGAGUGGAACAAGAAGGAGGAACUUCUAGCAGAACAAGCGGCGAAGCAUCUACGGCAUUACACGCCGUUGCUUGCCGCUUUUGCACACUCCGCUAAAGCAGAAAUCGCAUUGUUAACAAAGGUGCAGGAAUACUGCUACGAGAACAUGAGCUUCAUGCGCGCGUUCAGCAAGCUGGUGCUGAUGCUGUACAAGACGAACGUGCUGUCGGAGGAGGUGAUCCUCAAGUGGUACCGCGAGCCGAACUCCUCCAAGGGCAAGGUGAUGUUCCUCGACCAGAUGAAGAAGUUUGUCGAGUGGCUGCAGAGCGCAGAGGAGGAGUCUGAGAGUGGUGAAGACGAAGAUUAGAUUAAGAGCAGCGUGAGACUGAACCUUACACAGCGCGCCGUCCCACUCCGCACACACACAGACAGACAUACAGACAAACAGCCGGGCGACAACUCGUCUUGCUCCCUUACUAUCCCCUACACGCCCCUCACACGACACAGACAGACAGACAAACAGCCGGGCGGCGCCCCGCACCCCCACCCCGCGCCCUCACGCCCCCCUCACUGCAGACAGACAAGCUAAUUAUAUAUGUAUAUUUGAAUCAUUAACGCAAUCCCUUUUGGCUGUAGGACAUAGAUAUUAUGACUAACAUCGUGUGUAUUUACUAAUGAUUAAGAUAUAAGUGUUAAAUUGGACUCGAUGACAGGCUUGAAUAGUAUCGGAAUGUGAUAGCUCUGUUUGGCCAAAUUAUGUGUGGGAAUGUCGCAAAACAAACUAGCUUUGUGUCUCAAGAUUAGCACCGGCUUCUGUUGGUGUAUCUGACAGUAUUUGAAUGUGGAUUUUAUGAAAUCGUAGAAUAAUGUGAAUCUAAAGUGUUAGACUGCCAGAAUAGUUGUCAUGUUUGAUACAACGAAAUUGAAUUAUGGUAGAUUUUGAGUUUAGACACGUUUUAGCUAUAAACUAGCGGUUUUUAAAUGAAUGAUCAAACUUUUGUUUAUAUUUUGUUAAUAGAUUAAAUAGUUUCCAUAGACAAUGUUGUAGUUUUAUAGCGUUUAAACACCGCUAGUGAGUGUAGCUUUAGGCAUCUGGCAACACUGACCACUCUCCCGUGUUAAUGUAAUUUAUAAUAAUGAAUUAAUUGAAAUAUCCAUAGUAAUAAUGUACCGGCGGAGCGGCGCGGGUUUUCUACCACUGUAUAUUAUUCAUUUCUAAAGUAACGUAACGUGUUGGUGAAAUAUAAUAUUUUUUAUUCAAUUUUUUUAGUAAAAUUCAAAUAAACGGUGGCAACACUUCUAAA